AUGUCUGACGAGCUGCCAUUGUCGGUCGAGGGCCUCAACGCUGCUGACCAGCAGGAGAUUGUGAAGUUUGUGAACGCGGAGCAGGCGCGGGCGAAGAUGAACUCAUCUGUGCAAGAGUUUACAGAGAUGUGCUUCAGCAAGUGCGUGAAGAGCGCACCGACGUCGGAUUCGUUGACUGCUGCGGAAUCUACGUGUGAGUGA